AUGCGAUGUUACACUUGCUCCUAUGGAAAGAAAAAUAGUGACUGCACGAAGAUCGAAACUUGCAAGAAGGAUGAGGAGUCUUGCGAAACCCAAGUUCAUAGAGACAAGGCCGAAAUCAAGAAAAAGUGCAAAAAGACUAAAGACUGCAAGGCCAAGUGUGACAAGAAAGAAAAAGAAUGCACCUUGUGUUGUACUGGAGAUCUGUGUAACAAAAACCAAGGGUACGCUGAAUUUAAGACCUGGGGACAAUGGUCUUCUUGUAGCAAACAGUGUGGAGGAGGGAAACGAAAGAGAAGCAGGGAGUGUUCUUCUAGUGAUAUUCCAUGCACUGGCGAUCAAUCAGAAGAACAAGACUGUAAUCUACAAUCCUGUUCUACAUCAGUUUGUGUUGGAGAUUGUAAAGGCUUGAAGAAUGGAGAUUACCAGUCCUGUUCCACAUGUAAAGGAUUUGUUAAAUGCUCAAACUCAAGAUUGUACAAUUUCCAAUGUCCUGGAACCACUGUGUGGGAUGACAAAUCAAAGAGAUGUGAAUGGACCUCAACGACUUGUAAAUCGGCUCCAGCUCAAAUGAGAUGUUUCACUUGUUCCUAUGGAAAGAAAAAUAGUGACUGCACAAAGAUCGAAACUUGCAAGAAGGAUGAGGAGGUAAAGUGUACCUUAACGUUGUUUUACAUGUAGGUUUAUUCGUCUA